AUGUACUGUCCAAGGGAUACCUUUACUGAACAGUCUCUUCUCUAUCAACAUGACCCUGCCAGCGCUCAGCCGGCCGCAUCCUCAUCCUCCACCACCACCGCCGCCGCCGCCGCCGCCGCAGCCGCCCCUGCCACUCGACCGGCUGCACAGCCAGAUGUGAAGGGAAAAGAGGCUUCUGGGAAACCUGACGGCCCAAAGGAGAAGGCAAAAGAAUCAGAGGUGCUUGGGCGCAGUGUUCCGGUUCCCAGUACGGAUCAUCGCGAGCAGAGACGAACUGCAGACGUGACCGAUCAAGCGCAAGAUUCUCAGCGAGAAAUACAUGUGGAGGAUGUUGCGCCAGCUAUCAGCAGUCCAGAGAGCAGUAUUUUGGGCCGACGGCCAUCGUUCCGGGAUUCAAGCAGAUGGUAUACAUCCCUCAAGUACAUCAGAAAAAAAGACAUAAUUCUAACGAGCGGAAUACUUCAGGUUGUUCGGGUCCGGGAAACUCGCAAGAGUAAUCCUUCACUCUCAAAUGAUUCAACGGUGUCUGUUCAAGAUCCAACUGCGGCUCAUGGAGCUGGAGGUUCGCGUCUUGGACCUGGCAACUCGAACAGCAUACACUUCUAUGAUCCUGACGAUCCGCUUCCCAACAGUGAAAUCGUAACCCAUCUGUGUGAGGUCUUCUUCGCUCAUCUAGGCUGUAACUUUCCUUUCCUCCAACGAGAUAGAUUCCUUUGUAGCUUGAAGGAGAAGCAGCUUGCGCCCAUCCUUGUGGAUGCAGUGUGUGCCUUGGCUGCCAGAUUCUCUCUUCAUCCUCUGCUCUCCGUCGAGCCCGUUAAUGAAGCUCCAUACCCCCAUCAUGGCCAGGCCUUCGCUCAUCGUGCUAUGUGCGCCGUUGUGGAUGCACUAGCCUGUCCAACUUUGGCUGUCGUCCAGGCGUGUCUUCUCCUUGCCUAUGAGGAAUUCGGUUCUAACCAUGACAGCGGUCUAUGGAUGUAUCUUGGAAUAUCGAUCAGGAUGGCGCAAGAUUUAGGUAUCCAGAAACUUGAUGGGAUGAAGUUCAGAUAUGGCUGUGUUGGUCUUACUCCCAAGGCUGUCAUAGCCGGCCAGAUGGUUGAUCCUGAAGCCUCUGCGUCUGCUGCCUCCACCGAGUGGACAGACGAAACAAACCUCAAAAAUUCGGAUGCAGAGUCGGUCGAAGCAGAACGAGCAAAGGAAAGGGAAAAAGUCGAUCUGUUCUGGAGUAUUUUCUUCCUUGAUAGAGUGAUAUCCUCUGGGACCGGUCGGCCAGUGACUCUCCGCGACGACGACAUUGAGAUUCAUUUCCCUCUAGAUUCGGAAUCAAUACUUCAUAAUGGAUGGCCAUCUCCGUAUCCUCCACUAAUGAGAAUCAUACAUCUAUACGGGAGGAUGACGGAUCUAUUAAACUCAAUCAAGGAGGUUAAGCAUGUCACUCCAGACGUUCUUCGGCGGCUUGCUGGGAUGGAAAGUGACCUAACUGGCAUAUACCAAAAGCUGUCUCCCAAGCUACAUUUUAAUGUUAUCAAUUUCCAGACCUAUGUCAAAGCCGGCCAGGGGACCAACUUCAUCCUCCUACAUUUUCAGUUGUUUUCCAACAGCCGAGAACUGUCUAUAUCCUCCGCCAAAACUAUCGCCGAUAUCCUUGCUUUUGCCGAACUGAUAGAUGUCAAAAGCUUCACUGGAAACCCCUUUACCAGCCAGCCCAUCUACAUCGCCGCAUGCGCAUUUCUCAUGGAGAGUGCCUUCUACUCUGUCCCUUCAUCUCGGGCCGAAAGCCCACCUCCUAAACCUGCGUCUUCAAACCAGCCGUCGAAACCCCCCGAGGCUGAAUCAGACCGCAAUACAGCACCAGACCGUAGUUCCAACCCUAAGCACUCACUACUAGCUGCAGCAGCAAAGGAAAAUUAUCAGCGCUGCUACAAGGCCCUGCAGUCAUUAGAAAAAUCCUGGGCCGGCACCAAAUACAUUCUUACGGCAUUGGACCAAAAGUCCAAGGGAAUAUGGGAUCCUUUGCUGUAUACUGAAGAGGAAAUGGAGAGCACUGCUGGUGUUGAUAUAUCGCUAGCUAUAGCCUGGAAAAAGACGCAGGCCAGUUCGACAAACGCCCAAACCACUAGCGAGUCGCCUCGAACUGGCUCAUCUCAUGGUGCAGCCCCUACCAGUCUGGAGUCUGCCAAUAUUGAUCCUAGUCGGGCCAUAGGCUGGUCAUUGACCGGUGCCACCAACUCGUCCCAGCCAAACUUGAGCUUUUUAUAUCAACUUCCAACAACCUCAACAGACAUUCCGGCACAAUACCCAGAAACCUCUCAGCUACAAACUGCAUUUCAACGCUCCCCUUCAUCUAACUUACAGCCCACGAGUAUCGCCGCCACCCAGCCAUCACUGCAGCCUUUCCAGGGCCAUGAAUCUUCUAGCCAGCCAAGGGGAACCCCCCAGCUCCCGUCCCCAGCCCAGCAAAACACGCUUUCGCCCCCUUAUUCACACCUCCAGCCUGACAGACAGUCCCCAUCCAGCGCCACACUCAACCUAACUCGCAGUCCAGGUUUUACUAGCCAGACCACGUCUCUAUCUCGCUCUCAGCAAUCCGUCUCGCCCGGAGCACAGCUACGGCAAGACAGCAACACGCAGUAUAACUUUCACACUCCGCCUCCGUUUGGUAAUCAGCCCAUGGCCGCCCUAGAUAAUACACAUAUACCUGGAUACGACAAUGUACCCUUGAACGCCCAGAACCUCACUAUCGAAACUCAGGAUAUUGACAUGAACAACCUUCAAAACCAAGCGAGCUUCCCGUUCUCGUUUGAAGGCGGUUUCAUGCCGUGGCUGGAGUAUCUCCCCGAAGAUGUCCUGCAUUUCUUCGGCGACCCUCAAGGCUAA